CUGGGAAAAUUUGUAUCUGCGAGAGAGAUGGGGACGUGAAUUGAGGCUCGCCAAUCAAUAAAGGGGUUCUGCACUUGCGUCCCUGCUGGUGGAACCAAAGUUGGCACCGUGCGGAAAAGUCGAUGUUCUGGCUGAUGCUGGUGCGUUUCAUUCACAGGUUGCCAUCAGCGCCCUCUUUUAGAGACCUCGUUUGAACUUUGAUUGGCUUCGACACACAUAAAGUAAGCAAGUUAUAAACUAUGACUGGGAAAAGCAUUGCUGAACUCACAAGUGUAGCGCAGACUGCAGGUGCCAAUUUGUGGAGAAGCAUUUCAAGAAUAAAACUCGACGAGAAUCGUCAGUCUGAUUUUUGGACGGAUCUUUCUACCCGACGCUCGGCUUCCAAACGUUCGUUAUUGAAUGUUGAUUACCUCCCCUGAUUACUAUGGGCUUGUGCACCACCUGACCGCAAUCGAACAAAGAGAAUGUCUAGUCACAAAGGGAAACUGGCCAGCUUCCUGCUGCUAUUCCUCGUCACCAUGACCUCGCCGCUGACUGCAUUUGGGGACCACAGCACCCUACAAGAUCAAACAUCACACUGGCUGCUGCAAAAGCCUGAGAGCAAUUCGAGCAACCUGUCUUUGCAGGAGCCAGACGCGCAGCUGAACCAAACGGCGCGUCCGGACCCGUACUCGGACCCGGUCGUGCUGGCCGUGUUGUGCUUCAAAAUCGUGGUCAUGGGCACCAUCAUCUUCACCUCCAUCGGGGGCAACCUGCUCGUCAUCGUCAGUGUGAUGCGGCACCGAAAACUGCUGGUCAUCACCAACUACUUUGUCGUCUCUCUCGCUUUUGCGGACAUGCUGGUCGCCAUUUUGGCCAUGACUUUUAACUUUAGCGUCCAACUGACCGACAUGUGGAUGUUCGGACCCAUCAUGUGCGACGUCUGGAACUCUUUCGACGUCUUCUUCUCGACUGUAUCCAUUUUGCACUUGUGCUUCAUCUCGGUGGACCGGUACUUUGCCAUCGUGCUGCCGCUGCAGUACCCCAUCUACAUCACCGAACGCACCGUCGGCGUGUUCCUCGGCAUCACGUGGCUGUGCCCGAUUUUCAUCUCGUUCGUGCCCAUCUUCCUGGGCUGGUACACGACGGCCGACAACCUCACCUACCGCCAGCUGCACCCCAACGAGUGCGACUUCAUCGUCAACAUGAGCUUUGCCAUUUUCUCCUCGCUCGUCUCCUUCUGGAUUCCCGGGUCCAUCAUGGUCUUCACAUAUCACAAAAUUUUCCUCGAGGCGAACCGCCAAGAGCGGAUGCUGCACAACCGGCUCGGCAACGACUUCAACAUGCAGCACUUGCACAACAUCGAGGACGUGUCGGCCUCGCCGAGCAUUGCCGGCAGCGGCUCGUGCACCGCCCUCAACUUCCACGACGCCAACCACGAGCACCCCCACCACCACCACCACCAGCACCCGCAGCAGCCGGUGUUGUCGCACAAGGAGCGCAAGAUGAAGCGCGAGCACAAGGCGGCCAAGACGCUGGGCUUCAUCAUGGGCACUUUCAUCCUGUGCUGGCUGCCCUUCUUCCUGUGGUACGACAUCACCAACCUGUGCGGCGACUUCUGUCCGCAGGUGCCCGACGUGGCCGUUGCGAUCGUCUUCUGGAUCGGCUACCUCAACUCGGCCCUCAACCCAGUCAUCUACGCUCACUUCAACAAAGAUUUCCGGGAGGCGUUCCGCGACACCCUCUGCUGGGCCUCGUGCAACCUUUUUCGGAGGCGCAACUCGGACCUGGACGCGCUCGUCCAGAUUAGCGCCAAUUUCCGCAACAGUGAACCACGUAGCAGGGUAGCUUCCUUCACGACUCGCAAUUAGUUGGUUUUAUUCGCUCUCUGUGAUAUUCUCAUGGUUUCAUUGCAAUAAUUUAUGUGUGAACAACUCGUUUUUUUGUUUUUGCUUUCGCGAGGGUUUAAUUGAAAAUCUCAAGUUUUUAUUUAGUAAUUUUUAAAACAGGAAUAAGUCGGACACAGUGUACGUAUUUUUAAAUAUCAAACGAUUUUGUCAUUCUUGGCAAUAUAAAUCGGCCUGAAAAGUUUCCUCUCCUAAUAAUCAAACGUGAACAGACCAAAUAAAUUUUAAAUUAAUAGGAAAUUACAAAAACCUUUAAAAAAGUAACCGCAGGUUAAUUGAAGUUUAAUAAUUUUUUGCGGAAAAAAGCUCAUUUAUCUAUUAUCAAUUUCGGUCUGAUCAAAAUUGCUCAAACUACCUUAUUUCGCUUACUUCAGCAAGAGAAUUUAGGCCUGGCUCUUUAACGUUUGAUAAAGGUUUUUGGUGUAGAUGCCAAGAAUGACAACUAAUUGACACAUACAAAAAAUAUUUUCGGAUGACGGGCCUUCGGAAAUCACGCGAGACCAUAAAUAUUAACAGCUCUUAUAAAUUAAAUUUAUUUGCUAAAAUCUUAAAUAUUUUUAAAUAUUAAGACUUAUUUUGAAUUCAUCUUUGUAAAAACGCAUUUUAAAUCUUAAAAAAUUUUAAAUCAAGGUAAAAAUUUUAGAUUUUCAAUUUAAAACCUUAAUAGUGUUAACUAACUAAGCACGAUUCGAUAUACAAAAGCACUGACAAUACCACAUUGAUUUAAUUUUUUUAUUCUCAGCUCAAAAUAGGUAUUAAUUAUACAUCUCAAUGACUCAGUCAACCAAAAAGAAGACACAAAAGUAAUAAUUUUACGCUACUCGACGCAUAUUAUAUUAUGCCCACCUUGAUGCUCUCUCUCUGCUCUAUUUGAAUAGUUUACUCAUUUUACUUUCACGCCCCUUACCAGACGCAACAGAAAUUUAUAAGUGCACUCGGAGAAACUGGUCUGAGGGUGAUGAUCAAGUCACCUGUUUCGUUAAUAAUCAAAUAACGGAGAUUAAUAAUUAGCAAAUACAUGAGUUGUAAUAUUUCCACUGUAAAGAAUUUGGCACGCCGUAGUGGGAGAUAUUUUAACGCGCGUGUAAAAAUAUUUAAAAGAAUGAAAAUUGAUUUGAUGUGAUAUUGUUUUAUCCUCACCGGGUCUUCAUCAACCAGUCAUAUAUAUAAUUACGAUAAUAGUCUAGCAUGCCAAAGAAUUUGCUUUACCUGAUAAUCAUUUUACAUUUUACAUCGUCAGCAGUACAAAUUUUGUUGCGAAUUGACCACUUGUUAUUUGAAAAGGAAAAAAUAUGAUUGGCUUUAAUGAGAAGUAUAAUGUAAUUGUUAUUUAUAACUGCCUAAUUGUGAUUGUCACGCACUAUUACACUAUACAAGAAAUCAAAGUUAAUUGUACCUCAAAAUUUACAGAAUAUAUACUUAUAUUCUAUAGAAGUUAUCUCUGAAGGUGUAUUACAAUAGCAAUUAUAAUUGUAACAAAAAGAGAUUAUAACACGUUGGGAAAUUACACAUGAGAAUUAUAACAAGUAUUUGGAAAGUGCUGUGAAUAUUUAAAAAUGAAUUACGUCGCGGUUGAUUUAACAAGUUUAGUAUACACACGUUUUAAAGAUAUAUAUUUAUUAAUUAUAUGAAAAGAGUAUUUAUUUAUAUCUCGCUAAAUAGCAGUUGAUUUCUAGGACUUUCCUAUACUAUUGUCCGUGUAUUUUGUUGCACUUUGAUUGUGAAAGUGACGACAACAGGAAUUCUGCAGUUUUCCUGUCUGAAUAUGAAAAUCAAACCAGGAAAGCCCUGGAAAAGCUGCCACACUGAAGCAAUCAAUAUCAUAUCCAGUUACCAAGCUCUACACAAUUUCCGUCUAGACAUCUAUAAAGAAAAAGUACUGCUAUAUUACGAGAGAGAUAUGCGAAAAAGUAUAAAAUUAAUAAUAAACAAGACCCCAGUCAGUACUGUCGUAGUUGCUCACUGUAGAUGAAUUAAAAAAAGGUAACAUGUAAUAAUUGUUGUAGCUACAUAGGAUACAAUAAUGUUCCCUCUCUCUGCAGAGAAAAGUGCUCAUUUUUUCUGCAUGCAUUGAAUCAAAAUUGCGAAUAGGCAACUUUGUGUUAUGUGUGUCCGAGAUGUGCAAAAAUAAUGGAUUUAACCACCCCUCGUAGCAGACAUAAUACUAUGUAUGUGGCAAGAUAAUUAAAAAUAAUAAUAAUAUAUUAUAUACGCUCAUUGUGUAACCCAUUGACAUGUGAUGUGCAGGCAAAAUAUUUAUUAGACUCUGUGUGUUAAUUACUGUUAGACUUAGCGUGUAUGCUUCCUGUCAACACUUAUCUGAUCUCUAUAGGACAUUCGACUGUGUGUUGAGUAGUCUGUGUUGACUCAAAAAUAAUCUAUGUACAUGAAAUGUUUUGUCCAUCUCAAACUAGAUCGUGAAAAGUCUAUCCGAGCAGAUAUUUGGAAUUCUACAAUAUUAUAUAAGUUGAUAAUCGCCGUGGAAAAAUAAUUAGGAACGCACAAGAUCCGAGAAUUAUUUUGGUGUAUCUGAUAUUCUUGUAGAGCCCGAUUUAAAAAUGGAGAAAACCGGUAUAAAGUCAAAAUGGAAAGUAUUACCUGACGAAGACUGCUGUAUGAUCAUGUGUAAUGUCACUAGAUGUACAGAAAAUAAAAACUUCUAAACAUAAAAAAGAGCAAAAAGCAAUUCAAUGCUUUUAAUUUAA